AUGGGUCUAUUUGGCGGCAAGCCAGCGAGCUGUACCGUGUGCGGCAAGGAGCUCAAGCACAAGAGCAAGCCCAAGCGGGAGUGGAACAUCAAGGGGCCGCUGUGCGGCGACUGCUACAUGGACAAGGCAGAGGAGUUCUACGAGGGAAAGGUCAGGCAGCCCUGCAAGUCCUGCGGAACGGUAAGGAAGAUAACCGAUCUGUGGGAGCCCCGGUGGCAGUGGGACAUGGACGGCUUGCUGUGCAAGGAGUGCUUUGACAAAAAGGAGGCGGGCCACAACACCAAGCGAAACUACUGCAGCCUCUGCAACGCCAAGAUAGGGUUCAUAAGGUACAACCCAAAGCCGAAGUGGAAGAUAGAUGGCCAGAUGUGCCGAACCUGCUGGGACGAGCACAAGGCAAGAAUGGGAUAGGCGCUACUCUGUGUUGGGUCUGGCAUGCCGCAUCUAGACGGCUUCGAUCUCUUUGUCUAUGCCCGGCCUCACCUUGGUG